AUGGGCGAGGCAAGCGCCCAGUCAGAGGAACGCAAGGGGUUUGAACUCCCAUCGCACCUGACUGCAAUUCAGAAGCUGGGAAGCGGAGCUUACGGAGAGGUCUAUCUAUGUGAAGAUUCCAGAAAUGGAUCGCAGGUUGCUGUGAAGUGGAUUCGCAACUUUACCCAGGACCCUCUUUGUGGCAAGAGGAUUCUCCGGGAGAUCCGACUUUUGGCGGCCCUUCGCCAUGAGAAUCUUUUGCGGCUGCUGGAUCUCCCGGCGGUGCCGGAUCCGGACUUCGACGACGUCUACAUCGUCAUGCCCUACCUGCACUUGGACCUGCACCGGGUUAUCUACUCCAAGAUGAAACUUUCGGAGUCUCAUUGCCAGGCCUUCGUGUGUCAGAUCCUUCGAGGAUUGAAGUACCUUCAUUCUGCCGGAGUUGCUCACCGCGACCUGAAGCCGAGCAACAUCCUGGUGAACAAGGACUGUGCUUUGAGGAUUGCAGACUUUGGCCUGGCCAGAGGGCGCUCCAACUCUGACGAAGAACUCACUGACUAUGUCGUGACUCGUUGGUACCGCGCUCCUGAACUGAUGCUCCUUCCUUGUGGAUACUUCGAGGCGGUGGAUCUUUGGUCCGUGGGAUGCAUCCACUUCGAGCUCAUGGCCAGAGAGGUGCUUUUCCCGGGCAAAGAUCACUUGGACAUGCUCAAACGCAUCGCUGCUACUUUAGGUUUCUCCAUGGAGAACGACCUUGGCUGGGUUCCAGAAAAGGACAUGGCACAGGUUCAGGGAAUGGUGCGAACACUGAAGCUCCCCGAGGAGCCAAAGGCAUCAUCUUCCUUAGAGGAACGCCUGCCAAAGGCAUCGGAGGAUUGCUUAGACUUGUUGAACAAGUUCUUAGACAAGAUUCCAACAAGACGGAUCACAGCGUUAGCUGCCCUGGAUCAUCCGUACUUAGCGCACUUGCAUGAUCCGGCAGGGGAGUCCACUGCACCCAGACCAUUUGCAUGGGAUUUCGACCACUUUGAACCCUCAAAGCGCGCCUUGAAGGACAGGGUCUAUGCCGAGUGUGCUCGGCUUCAUCCAGAAAUCGUCGCCCGCGACAAAGAGUGGUUAUCUGCCCGUGGCUUCCUGCCACAAGGGACGGCGCCGUUGGGGCCUCCACCUAGCCGAGCGCCAAGGCCACCUACUGUAGUCACAAGCAUUUGA